GACGGCGCCCACAAGUCAGCCUCGAGGAGUUUAGCUUCCUUGAAAAGGUUUGCAAGAAAACUACGCCGGAGGAAAGGACUUGGGCUAAGUUGGUGAACCCGAGGACCAUUCAUUGGUACUGCGACGGUCCUGAGCCCACCCAAGAAGCGAUAAGAUACGACGAGCGAGUUCACAAACAGAUGGAUGACGCAAAGAGGAGAGCUUUGAUCAAGUCCCAAGCCGUCAAGAAGAGGGAAUCCGGCGAGGAGGUUCCUAAGGCGUCAGCUUCAGUCCCUAAAAGGAAACUGACGACAAAAUCCGACCGUCCCUUUAAGCAACCAAAGGUCUCUCUUGAACCUGUGGUUGGCUUAAUGGCUGAGGGUAACAAGGCCGUCACCCCAGCGAAGCAGGGGAAGGGUAAGGGAUUGAUGACGGUCCCAGACGGUAAGCAAGAGAGACCUCCUUCCCUUCUCCGUGAUGACUCCAAGUAUGCAUUGGAGAAGCUGUCGUCCAUCAUCACGGCAGAAGACUAUGAAGACCUGGGAAACCAUUCGACGGAGGCCAUGGGGGAGACGGGCCUCUUCGCCGUCGCUCAGUCCUUGGUCAUGAUGAAGGGACUACUUGACCGGUGUCUCAACCGUGAGAGUACCUUGGACCGGGUGCGCGCGAAGGCGCAGCAGACGGAGGAAGAGCUCGGACAACUUCAGAGAUGGAGGUCCAAGAUGGAGAAGAAGCUGGAGCUUUCUGAGCAGGCGAGGAAGGAGCUGGAGGAGAAGACGGCCACUUCGCUGACGGUCAUAGAGAAUAAAGACGCUGAGAUCAAACCACUCAAAGAAGAGCUCCGUCAGGCUAAAGUGGCAGCCGUCGAGGAGUACCGAUGCUCGGAGUCCUGUUUGGGCGAGCUGUCGGACUCCUUCCUCCAAGGCUUCGAUGAUUCCCUCCGUCAAGUCAAGAAGGCUUAUCCAGAGCUGGACUUGACAAUGGUCAAACUUGAGGACCAAGCCCAGACUUCUGCCCUCCCCGUCGCCUCCGAAAAUACGGAGGACCUUUUUGGCGACGGUGCUGCUCAAGGAGACGGAGAGUCCGCCCCGUCGAAGGAUGUCCCAGUUGCUGAAGAAAAGAAAGAUUGAUGCCUAUGUACUUUAUUUUGUGAACAAUCCGUCCUUCUUUUUUAUUCAUUUUUUAAGACAAUCCGUCCUUUUUAAUUGUAUUAAACAUUUGCCUUUGGGGCUUUUGGCUUAAAGUUCACAUGCUUUUUAUAA